UCCACAAGUUGGCGUUCAUCCAGGACCUCCUAGAUUAUGCAGCUCUUUGUGUGACAGUUUUUAAUGCUUGCUCUGAUGCUUGCUUCUCCAUGGAGGCAAUGACACAGGUUCUAGCACCAUGUGGGGUAAAUGAUUUUGUUUGUGGUAGGGCUUCACAGUGGGUUCAUAAUGGCACAGAGUUGUGUCAUGCUGCAGGAUUUGCUGUUAAAGAUGAUCUGCUUGGUGAAGAAACAUCUUGCUAUGGUGGUAAAGCCAGUCUAAACUUAAUUUCUGAUUCAUGGAAAUCUUCACGGUCAUCUUCAAUGCCCCAGAAAACUGGGGCUGCAGGCCUGUUAGAUGAUUUUCAUCAGUGGGUGCUGGAAAUGGCAUUUGCUGAUAGAGUUUCAUGGGCAGUUGGAGGGAUGGUUCUUACAGCUGGAUUAUUGUUUUUGAGCAAACAGAAAAGUCACAACCAUCGUCAGAAACUAGCUGCUAUUCAACGCACUGCUAGGAAAAUGGAAGCCCAAAUGAACCAGAACUAUCCUGGUUACCAAGCAAAUAAGAAGGCAAGUAAAAGAUGAUUUUUCUAUAUGUGAACAUAUAAUUAGUUGAUCAAUUUUCCUCUGGAAAUGUAUUAUUAAAUUACUUGUCUAGCAUAGUUAGUUGAGUUAUUGUAACAUUAAAACAAUUUUUGUUUCCUUUUUGUUUUUACUAUUUUAUUAUUAGAAGUU